AUGGAGGAUGCAAACAAUGUUCAGCAGAAUACUCAGAGUGACCUGAGAACUGAAGUCAACAGGAACAAACAAGCCAACGCAAUUUUGGAGACCAGAGUGUCAGCUCCGGAGGAUGCCAGACACCAACAAAACCUCUGCCUCCGGGGGUUACUGAAGAG